AUGGCCGCCCCCGUCCCCGCAUCGCGGCUGCUGCUCCGCCCCGUGCUGCCCCGCUGGCUCCACAGCAGCAACGGGGGCAGGCCCGGGACCCUGCCCGGUUUUACGGCGCUCGGGGACGCCUUCCCCCAGCCACCUCGGGAUGACCGGCCGGCGCGGGAAGCGAGGACCUUCUUGGGAGUGGCUCCCAGGCGCCAAAUGCUCCCCCAAAGGAGGCCAGGUCGGCCGCCCGGAGCUCCCUGCUUCCCGGCUGAGUCGGGCAUUUCAGUCAGGCUGCUGCGCCAGGCCCAGGCCAGGCGUUUGGGAUCGGCGCCGGAGCCAUGCCAAGGUGCGCAGAGCAGCCCUCCCGCUGCCCGGCCUGCACGGAUGCUGCGCAGGCUGCUGCUGAACUGGUGCAGCCUCAGGCUGACCGGGCACAAACCUCCUAGCCUGCUCGGGGGCAGAGAAUUCCCGGGGCCUGGCGAGUCGAAUAACGGGGGCUCGUGCUUUGCAACCGUCGGGCUCCCUAAAGCCAAGAGUGUCGAAGGGAAACCGACUCCUCACUCUCUGUUUCGUUUCAGAUGGGAAGAGGAAGUGGCCAAGCGGGUGAGCCUGGAGUCCAUGGUGGAGACCCUCCAGGAGGAAGCCCAGGAGGCCGAGACUCUCCGGGAGGAGUUGAACCAGAAGAUCGAGCGGCUGAAAGCGGAGCUGGUGGUCUUCAAGGGCCUGAUGAGCGACCCCCUGACAGACCUGGACACAAAGAUCCAGGAAAAGGCCAUGAAAGUGGACAUGGACAUCUGCCGGAGAAUCGAUAUCACCGCCAAACUGUGCGACGUCGCACAGCAGCGCAACUCCGAGGACGUUUCCAAGAUCUUCCAGGUGGCCUCCAAGAAGAAGGAGCGCAGGCUGGCGUCGGACGAGGACCUCUCCGAGCAGGACGCGGACAACGCCCGCUUCGCGGAGGACGAGGUCAGCUGCUCCCUGAACAUCACCGAUGAGAUGAAGAGGAUGUUCAACCAGCUGCGCGAGACGUUCGAUUUCGACGACGACUGCGACAGCUUGACCUGGGAGGAGAACGAAGACACCUUGCUCCUGUGGGAAGACUUCACCAACUGCAACCCGUCCAUUGAGCUGCAGGGCGAGCAAGAGGAGAACCUCGGGAACAUGAUCCACGAAACGGAAUCGUUCUUCAAAACGAGAGACCAAGAGUACCAGGAGACGAUCGGGCAGAUCGAGCUGGAGCUGGCCACGGCCAAGAGCGACAUGAACCGGCACCUGCACGAGUACAUGGAGAUGUGCAGCAUGAAGCGGGGCCUCGACGUGCAGAUGGAGACCUGCCGGCGGCUGAUCAAGGGCUCCGCGGAAAGGAACUCCCCGUCCCCGAGCUCGUUAGCCAGCAGCGACUCAGGAAACACGGACGAGAUCCAGGACGAGUUUGACAGAGAGGCAGACGUCGAGCCGAUGGUCAGCUGAUGAAGGCCGGGGCGCUCCGGCGGAAGGGGAGACGGGGGGAGCACGAGCACGCCGGGGGGGCGGGGGAAUGAGGCGGAGGGCAGAGACUUGGUGGGGCUCCCGAGAGCACGGGGGGCGCCCCCCGCCCCGCCCCGCCCCACCCCCCGAGGAUUGGUGCUGUACAAAUUUCUACGAUCACGUGGGGGGCUCCGAGGGAAACGAAGACGGCGUCUCAAUUGUGCCUUCGCCCCAAGCUGAGCCAUUGGGAGCUCCACCGAACGACCGCCGUGCUUUUUCUACGUCACUCGCGACCGAAAACGAGCUGAGGACCGCAGAGGGCUCCGCGGCCGCGAAGGCGAGGGCCGGCGGCGCUGCCGGGAGCCCGCGGACAGGGCGGCCCGGCGGCGAUGGGGUGGCCAGAUGCCCCAGGGACCCGACUCGGCUGGAACGGGACUGGUGGCCGGCCCGGUCCUGGCCCUUCAGUGGCCCACCCCGCCGGCUCACGCGGCUCCGAGGCACCCGCGCAUCGUAUUCCCCCCUCCCCCGGCACCUGGGAAGGACCCUCUGGGGGGCCUGCACGAAAUUUAUUUGGGAGAGCUUGGGGGCAAAUCGGGGCAAAGGGCAGAAGCAAGGUGGAAUGGGGUGUCACUGUUGUUACCUACUAUGCAAAAACACAACCAGGAAAAAAAAAAGCAUAAGCGCUCGCCUUAUUUCCGUGGAAAGCUCUGUCCCCGUGUGGGAAGGGGCCGAGCACGCGCUUCGCGCCCCGGAUGCGUCUGCGGGGCUUGCGUGGCCGGGGGCUCCCAAGGAGGUCAGUCCCCGGGGUGCUUCAGGUCCACAUUUCCUCUGUUCUGGCCAGGACGCUUCGCUUCGCUUCUCUCCCGCCGCGGCUUUUAUAUUUCUCUGCACGUCUUUGCCCAGAACGGGGCAAGACGUGCGUUCCGGGGAUGCCGUCCACGUGCUGGCCGAUCCAGGGAGACACCCUGGGGAGCUCGUCGGCACCUCUGUCCGGAAGGAACGUGGCUUUCGGGGCCUUGGAGCAAGGGCGACGGCCGAGCCUUUUCCAGUUAUACUGAGAAUCAGUUUUGUGUGGCGGGAGAUUUUUAAAGGCCGGAGUAUGAACCGUGCCCGGGGAAACGGAAGGAGCCCAGCUCAUCUGCGGAAGAGCCUCUGGACACUACCGGCCUGCUGAGGAAGAUGCCCCGGGUCCAGCCGGAGCUCCCCGAGCCCCUGCCUUGGCUCUCCCCCCUUGCUGAGUUUUCUGCCCGAGCCCCCACUCAUGAAACGGCCCCGGGGUGCGGGGGGGGGGUGCUGCUGCGCUGCUCUCCUCAUUCUGUAGCUCAGCAAACCCUGAGCAGGGGCUGAUCCCUUGCUCCCCUUUCCUGGCCCAAACUCUGCGCUUUUCCCUUCAGGGCUGCCGGGCUCGGUGAAGUGCGCAGCCCUCCUCUUCCAUCCCGCCCAGCCCCUUCCCCGCGGUCUGGAGACCCAGUGCCUUCCCAAGUGCAUCCGGGGUCCCCAAGCCGGCGCGGGACUCUCCCCGCCUGCGCACACCUUUUCCCCGUGCCCAGGCGCCUCCGUCCAGGUGCGCCCGUCCUGCUCGGACGUUUCUUUUAGCUGCCUCAGGCCUCUGGGGCAGCGAACCGCAGCGGCUCGCAGCCGUCCCAUUCCACCGCUGCUGAACAGAUCCUUUUUAAAACAUAAUCGCUCAGGAGCAUGGUUUGUAGGUUUUGCUUGCAAUGGUCGGCAUGUUUGGAUACAGAGUAGGGGGCUCGCUGGGGCAGAGGGCUGGUCCUUCCGGGGGCUCGCCAGUGGGGCGAGGGCGCCGUCGUGCCACGGAGGGGGUGCCCCCCCCAACGGUUCAGUCUCUGGCCAUUGGCAGGUGGCUCUUGCCAUGUAGGAAUCGUAUGUUUUGUAGGUGUAGAAGGUGGGCGGGAAUUGUCUGCGUAAGAAUAAUGGUAGCAGGGAACGGAGCGUGGGGUUCGGAGGGUGAUUGGGGUCUUCGGUAUUGUACGCAACCUGUAUUUAAGCGUCCUGUCUUUGUGUUAACGUCGGGGGGUUUCUUUUAUUUAAGGGAUCUUGGGAUUACAUAAAGGGAGCGCGAGAAAGCCUUGCACCACUGGGGGAUCUCCGUGCCGCUGCUUCCGCGUCACAUUCUGUCCGCACUGCAGGCGCACACCUGUAACGACCAGACUUAAAGCUUGUCAGGAAAUAUAUAUAUAUAUCUCUAUAUAUAUACACACAUGAAAAUGCUGGACAGGAUUUUAAUGACCUCCUUUUUUUCCUUCGUGUUCUGUAAAGCUGUAAAUACUUUCUUUUGUAUUCAUAAGGCAGUGUCAUAUUGACACUUUUAAAAAAAGACCUUAAAACUGGGGAACAAUGUGGGUUUUUAAGUGGGUGGGGAGUUGAAGCCGGCCCCUUUUCUUUGCCUGAUAGCAAGGCAGUGCGAUCAAAACCAAGUCAGCACAAAAUUUGGCUUUUUCAGCAGGCAAAUCUUGCGGCUGUUUUGUGAAGGCAAAUGGUUAAUAUAGAACUAUGGGCCAUAAGAUAAAUCUGUUCCUGGAAUCCCAUGAUUUCAUUUCAGCUCCAUAAACAGAGCUGAAGUGUUUGCAACGGAUGCCACAGACAAAGCAACAAGCCUUCGAAUGAAAUUCCUCGAACUUAAAACAACCGUUGUUCCGAAUCAACACUACUUUUUAAAGGGGUGACGCUGAGACACCCUAAAGAUUUCUUGGCAGCUUUGCGGGGGAAGCUGUUUAACAAGCUACAGCAGUCGAAAAAUGCCCACACUGCCUUUCCGGCGAGCAGAGAGGAAAUCCAGGUGAACAUGUGAGCCACCAAGUUCCUUUUCCCAGAUGCAUUCCUAAAUCUCUGCUCACCCGGGUGUAUCCACUGGGAGUGAAAACUCGCUCUCGGACUCCGGGAUUCGGUGGGGGCGUGUGUCCAAAGCAGGCAGUUUCUGCAGAGCAAGAGGAGGUGGAGAAAGUCUCGGAUCAAAGUCCUCUCCGGCGCGCCGAUCUCUAGCUCACUUGCUUAUUUCAGAGCCGACAGAGGGUUUAUUCCCCUUCCUCUUUCGUAUCUGGAGGCAUUUGGCAAAUCGAAACAUCGGGAGAUCAGGGCUUCGCGAGGGCUGCCUGUCUCUUCGGGCACUUUGCUUUGAAUUUGUCAGGGCCGGUGCAGUCUGCCUGGGAGACACCCUUCCAGAUCCCUGCCCUGGACAUGCAUUUAUCUAUUUCUUAGCCCUGGCAGUGCCCGUGAGUUUCGGCCUGACUUCGUGCUUUCGCUGCCUGUCAUGGAUGCGCUUGGCUCAGCGGAGGAUGGGGCUCCGUCUUGCGCUUACGUAUUCCCCGUUGCGGAAGCCCUCUGCUCGUGGGCAGGGGAACGGCUUGCGAAGCACGCGGCCCCUUCCCGGCCCUGGUUGCAGUGAGGUCUUAGAGAGCCGAGCGGAUCGCUUCUGAGAUGCUUUCCUUUGCAAAUCCGGCCUGCUUGUUUUGCCCCGUGGACGUGGAGUAAAGGGAAGAGCCCUCGGGUGCUCUUCUGUUCCCCAAAGCAGAAGCAGAGCCUCGCCUGGCUGUGGGCGACGGCAGGUGUGCCCCUGCCUCUGUCAGAAGGGGUAGGCAGGUCGCCCGGGCUUGCAACAGGGUGGUCCCGCGACGGUCGGCAAGGGGUGCCAGGGCAGAAAGUGCUUCUUGGGGGCUAGGACGGAGGCAUGCCGUUGCGGGAUCUUGAACCCAGCCCUUCCCAGCACUAGAAAUCUUCCGUCCCCGCUGCCCAUGUUCACAGAGACGAGCCGCUCCCUGGCCGACACGUUUCCGGCCCUGCUUUCCGCACGAGCGGCGAAGGUGAACUUGAAAAGCGCCGUCCGCCAAACUCUCUCCGCCUCGUCCCUUGUUGACUUGACGUCUUCCCUUGGGAAGGCGAAGGCCCCUGAGCCGGUUUAGCUGAAGGACGAAGGCAGCACCUGUUUUCUGCAGCCUGCUUUCAAAACGGUGGCCCCUCGGCCGGGGCGUGCGGCCGGGAGGCCGCAGUCAAAUGCCGUUGCAAAACCUCCUUUAGUUGGCUUGCUCCUUUUGAGAACCGCUGAUGGGGAAACCUGGGGAGAGGGUGCGAGAUGUGACUCCCCCUUGCUGUCGUUCAAAUAGGGUGUCGAGGCCGGAUCUUUCUCGUAGGUCCUGAACCAGGGACAGUCUUGCAGGUAGCUUGUCACCUAUGGUGAGCAGAAUUCCUUGCCAGGCAACCGAGCCGGAGGAAAAGUGAACCAAAGAUAAACCGUUGUUUUUUCCUUUUGGGCCACUCGAGUCUGUGCGUGGGAGGAUGCAGGUGGGCUGCCACGCACCUCCGUGGGCGAGCGGCUUUGUGUGGUCGCCCUUCCAAACCCGCCGCUCGGCGUCCGUCCGUGCUGCACUUUCCUGGGCAGAAUCGGCUCUGAGGCGGAGGCCCUCGUACCGCUUGUGAAACAGUGCCAUAGUAAUUGCAUGAUUCAAAGUAGCUGCAGAAAUGAGCAGAAGGUGGGGGGGGGCGCAAUGGGUGGGUGAUGUAAUUUCAGCCAAAGGGACCCCGCUUCCCUUUGCGGCAGCCCGGGCCCGACUGUGCGGAGCCGCCUGAAAAGAACACUCUGUUUGCAAUAAUCCGAUACUGUUUUCCAAACAGUUUAACUCCACUAGGGACCAUGUCCCAAAAGUUGGUCUUUAUGGUUUUAUAGGUGGUUGGGUGUGGGUGGGAAAGGGGUGGCGAUUGUGAUCAGCCGUCACGCACGCACGCACACACACGCACGCCUUUCCCCUCACAGCAGAAGUCGCUUAAGUAUUCCCCCACCCCCAGCUGCAGGGACUGACUUAAGAGUGGGAAUGAAACUGUUUAUUGUUGUACAUAUUGUGCUUUAUAUUCGGUAUAUUAGCCUAUUUUAAGGGGUGGGGGUUCUAGCUAGACCUAAUGUAUUUGCGCUCUCCGCAAAAGAAACUUCCAAGGAUGGACCAUUUCUCGCGCUCGCUCCAGAAGGGCCCGCUCUUUCGUCCCACCUGCCCUUCCCUCGUUCCGCAGUCCGUCCGUCCGUCCGUCCGUCCUCCCCGGCUUAAUGAAUAGCCCAGAUGCCUGCCUGGAACUCGCAGGCCCGCUGCAGGUGUGCGCUUGGCGAUCCCGGGGCUUCCGCUUCGGAGGAGCCGUCCCUCGGUGCUGCUCCGUCCCCGCGAGUGCCAAAAGCCGUGCCCGGGAGCCUGGGCCGGGAACCUGCUCCCUCAGCCCCGUCCGAACUGUCCUGCGCCGUCGGAGGAGCUCCGGAAGUUGGUUCAUCCGCCCGCUCUCCAAUUCUCGCUGGAGACGGGCUGGAGGGUGUUGUCCUUAUUACACAUACCAAACGGGCUUCUCCGUGAACCGGAGCUGGUCCCCAGGCUUGGUGGGGGAAAUGGGUUAUGGUAAUACUUUUGUUUAAAAGGAAGAAACCCCUUAGAAUAAAUGCCAAACUUCCUGGAUAUUAAAGUGG